AUGAACGAGACCAACCCAAUGUCGUCCCCUGACCACGAAGUUACGUCUCCGAAGUCUUCAGAUGAAGAGCAGCAAGUCACAGUCAGACCCGUAACACGAACAAAUGCGUCGUCUUUCGCCGCCCCGACCAGAGCAUCUGAAGCGAAGAAGAACGAGAAGAUUGAACUUGCUCAGUAUGGGAAGAGGUCGGCGUCGACGAGAGAGCCGUCUAGCCGGCCAGGUAGUGCGAUGAGGCAGCAUUCGUCUCCUGGGUUUGGUAGUAGACCGCAGAGUCGUCAGUGGGUGGGGGCUGGUACGCCCACGCGGGAUGGAGAUGAUGGUGAGGUAGAUGAUGUUGACAUUGAUGAGGAGGACGCAGAUGACGACAAGGCACAAGUCGAUGAUGACGACUCUAGUCAAUUUGAUAGCGACGUGGAACACGAGAGAAGCGCAGAGGAAGGUGAAGAAGCAGCGUCUAUCCUGGAAGGGAAGGAGUUGGAAGAAAAUUCGCUAGAAAAAGAGGACCUGGAAGGAAACAAGCUAGAGGAGGAAGAGCUAGAAAAGCAAGCACAAGAGAAAGUCUCAGAGCCCGAAGAAGAGCUGACCAUACAGGAACAGGAGCAAUCGUAUGACUUGGAAGAUCUGUUGACCCAGGAAGAGCCACCGGAGCAUCACGAUGAAGAUCCCAAUCCUGAUGUUCAGAAAUCACAACAGCGGGAAGCGCCUUUGACGCAAGAUGAUACAGCUGCAGUGCCACAAGAAGAUCAUGUCGAGGAUGUAGAAAGCCAAGCCGCGGCACCUCAAGACCAGAUUGAACGCGUAUCACCGCAUGGCAAUGAGGAAAGCAAUAAAGAUAGUGUUGCGACAACCCCAUUUGAUACCAACCCUAUCGUUCCGCCUGAGAUAGUUGCAGAGAUACAAGAGCUCCAAAUCAAACGUCAAAAAGUGGAAGAAGAGCGCGACGAGGCGAUGAGACAGCGUGAAACCGUAUUACAAGAGUUGCAAACCGUCAAAGAAGAAGCUAAGAACCUGAAGCAAGAGUACGAGAAGCUGUCUAUACAACUUCGUGAGAGCGAAGCCAAGAUUACAGCGCGCAAUGCACGCGAGCCUGGACUACCUCCUCUUGAAGAAGUCGAAGCGGAGAACAAAAAGCUUCGAGCAUCGGUCGAGCGGACGCGGCUGGAACUCGCGGCGAAGAAAACAGAGGCAGAAGAUGCGACUGCUGCCUGCAAGUCAUUUGAUGACUCCCUGAGGGAGGUGGAUGAGAAGCUGAAGAAUAACCAGGAGUCUAUCCGCACACUCUGCGAAGUUGUCAACCAAGUGGCCGAAAACUUGCCACGGAUCUCAAAAUGCGAGGCCAAAGAGCUCGAUGCAGUUUUCUUGAGUCUUUCGCAAGAUGAUGAGACUGGAAAACUGCGAGGUGAGUUCCUCAAACUGAUCAAAAACUUCAAUGGGAACUUUAAAGAGUUGCGGGAGCAGAUCGUGGAUUUGGAGCGUGAGCUAGCGGAGAAAGAAUACGAGAUUAAUAGUUUGGGAAAGACCAUCGAAAUCGAGAGGAAGGGGUUGUUGAGCCCCGGUCUACCAAGUCCGCAUCCCAUGCAAACUGGUAAGAAUGAAUGGGAACAGUACUACGAACGGGAAAAAAAGAAGCGCCGUGAUGCAGAGUUGGAGCUCGCCAAAGCAAAGAAACAGCUGUUACAACUCCAGCCUGAAAAUGAGAAACUACAGUCAGACCUCACCGAGGCGCAAGCAGAACUCGCAGAGCUUCGGCCGAAGAACGACCAGUUGGAAAUGGAGGCCAAGACUUGGAAGGAAGAACUAGAGGAAAACAAGGCCCAAUUCGAACAACACAGUCUCGCACUCGAAGCCAACAUCUCCGAGCAACAGCUAGAGAACUUCCGAUACAUCCGAGACUACUACCAAAAAGUCAAAGAUCACGCCCACUGGGAAGUCCAGGGCCUCCAACAGAAGCUCUCAGUAGCAGACCAAGUAAGGGAGGCACUCAAACGAGACUACAAGCGAGAACAAGGCGUCAACACGCGCUUGGAAGACGCGGUGGUUAGACUGAGGAAGAGCGUCAAAGCCCGGGACAUUCAUAUCGGAAAAACGGAACAAGCGUUCAUGCGCGAAGCACCGUUUCCUAUCCGUUCACCUAGUACCUCUGGUAGCCGUACACCUGAUAGCGAUACCUCAUCGUCUACUUCACCUUCUUCGAUCUCAGAUUGGACUCAUCCGCUCGAACGCGUGAAGAGGCCCCCGCUCAUACCACGCUGCCACCUCCCCGUCGCAAUCCAAGCGCGCGAAGCCAGACUGGAUACCUAUAGACAAGAAUUGGAAGAAGCGCGAGAGAUGGAAAUUUUCAAGGCCAGUGUCAAACCACGCGGAUCGACAGCCAGGGGUGGAACUAUUGCGACCGACAUCAUGGAUCAAGUGCGGAAAUCCGGUAUGGGGUCUUUGUAUCCGGUUGAGAAGACAGGGUGGUUGGAUACGAGCUGGAAGGGCGCGUGGGAGAGGUGGGAUGGGAAUUACUGGGCGAUGGAGUUUGCGAAGGGGAAGCAGGUGGACUUUUUGAAGAAGGUGGGGGUUUGGCGGGAGGAUUGGAAUUAG